GCGUAGUAUAGUUUUCAUUUCAAUUUCGUGAACGCAGUCGGUAAAAUUGUGAUAGUAGUGACAAUGUGGUUAAUUUUGGACAAUGGCUUUCUAUCAACUGGCAAGUCCUUAUGAUUUCUCCACAGUUCAUGACAUGAUUUCAGGUGUUCAAGGUAUUGGAAGAUCACCAUCAUUGCAAUGGAAUAUGGGCGUGCAAAUAUACCAGUUACUUUCAAAUUGUCUAGAGAUAACCUGGUGGUAUAAACGAGAAGUUGAAGAUAUUAUUGUUGACGUGUUAAAUUCAUUCAGGAUUGUACACUAAGCAUUUGUAGUUAAAAUAGAAAGAUGGUAUGGCCAAGGUGAAAUUGUGAAUAUCCAGAACGAUGAAUUGAAACAUUUUAUAUAACCCCCGGAUGGCUACGCAUAUACGCAAAUUCCCUCUAAAAAACUCACCGAAAAAGAAAGACAAUUCGUCUCCAUGUAAAAUUAACACAUUGCAAAGCACUAUGAGCAAAUCAACCACUCUAGAAAAUUUUGGAAAACCAGAUCAAAGUAAAAGAAAAUACAGACACUUCGAACUAUCGAAUAUAUUUUUAAAAAAGAGUAGAGUCGCUAAAUUGAAGACAUGCGGACGUAACUAUAAUGAAGUUGAACUCGAGGAGAGAGACCAGAAAAAUAACAGAAAGGCGGAGGGUGGUAGAGAUACAGAACACGCUGAAACUGAAGCAAAUCAAGACUUCGGUAGCAACGAAACUAUAAAAGCAUUGAAUGAAGAGACAGCUGGCAGCCAAGAAAUCCAGACAGACGAUACGAAGAGGCAGAAAAACAUCCAAUCGACUCCUACUUCUAUAUUGGACGAUGGCUACGAGUCGCUGAACAGCACCCCACAAGUGUCAGGCAAAGGUAAACCCAAACACCACAACUCCAGCUCAAACCUCAUCUUAACCUGCACACUGAGAAAAAAAGACCUCCACGUGCAACUUGAAGAAGAUGAGCACGAAUCUUUUGUCUUAUCGACAAGUAGCAGUCAAGCAGGUGAAGCAGACCCAGACUCUUUCAACACAGAUAGAAACAAUGAAGAUGAUAACAGGGAAACAUGGGGAUCCAACAGCGAUUUUCUUUUGUCAAUAAUCGGUUUUGCGGUCGACCUGGCCAACGUAUGGAGGUUCCCAUAUCUGUGUUACAGAAAUGGCGGGGGUGCUUUCCUUAUCCCGUACACACUAAUGUUAGUAUUUGGAGCGGUUCCAUUAUUUUAUAUGGAACUAAUUUUAGGACAAUUCAACAGACAAGGUCCAAUUAGCUUAUGGAGGAUAUGUCCGUUGUUCAAAGGUGUUGGAUUUUGUGCGGUCCUAGUGGCAUUUUACGUUUCCUUCUACUACAACGUCAUUCUAGCUUGGGCUCUAUAUUUCUUGGGGAGUAGUGUUUCAGCAGAAUUGCCAUGGAUGCACUGUAACAAUACAUGGAACACGGAAAAAUGUUGGGAAAGCAUACCGAUCAACGAUACGAAUAAAUCUCACACAAAAAAUCUAAAUGAUUCCUCUAGAACUAGUAAACAUACCCCUGCUUCAGAAUUUUUCAAUCGUGCAGUUUUGGAAAUGCAAGCAAGCAAUGGUCUCCACGAAAUGGGAUAUCCAAAAUGGCAACUCGUAGUUUGCCUAAUGUUGAUAUAUUGCAUGUUGUACAUUUCUUUAUUUAAAGGCGUGAAAUCCUCAGGCAAGGUUGUAUGGGUCACAGCAACAAUGCCAUACGUUGUAUUGACUAUACUUCUAAUUCGAGGACUUAUGCUGCCAGGAGCUAUCUCCGGAAUAUCGUAUUAUCUACAACCAGAACUGUCAAAAUUACGAGAGACCCAGGUUUGGGUGGAUGCUGCAGUUCAAAUAUUCUAUUCAGUUGGAGCAGGUUUUGGGGUGCAUUUAGCCUACGCAAGUUAUAAUACAUUCCAUAAUAACUGUUAUAGGGAUUGCAUUAUUACGACCAUCGUCAAUUGUUUCACAAGCUUCUUCUCGGGAUUUGUAAUAUUUACAUACUUGGGAUACAUGUCGUAUAAACAGGGUGUUCACAUAAGUGCAGUUGCCACAGAAGGACCUGGAUUGGUAUUUCAAGUAUACCCAGAAGCUGUAGCAACACUACCUGGAUCACACUUGUGGUCUAUUUUGUUUUUCUUCAUGCUUAUAAUGCUUGGAUUAGAUUCUGCGAUGGGUGGCUUAGAAUGUGUAAUAACGGGAUUAAUGGAUGAAUUUUCCGACUUUUUCAAGCAAAGGAAAUAUUCCAGAGAAAUAUUUACUUUAGGAAUUAUAAUAAUGUCGUUCUCCGUUGCUCUUAUCAACGUAACACCGGGUGGCAUUUACAUGUUCCAUCUUUUUGACACAUACUCAGCGGGAAUUUCACUUCUUUGCUCUGCGUUGUUUGAAGCAGUCGCAGUCUCUUGGUUUUACGGUUUAGAUAGAUUUACGCAGGACGUGGAAGCUAUGCUAGGUACAAAGCCCGGUAUGUACUGGAGAAUAUGCUGGAAAUUUAUAAGUCCCAGCUUCAUCAUAUGCGUAGUAAUGUUCGGAUUAUUCUAUCACCAACCACUGCAGUAUCAAGACUACUUUUAUCCCACAUGGGCUGAAUGGGUAGGUUGGGGCUUAGCCCUAUCGUCCAUUCUCAUGAUACCAACAGUGGCAAUAAUUCAGAUAAUGAAGACGAAAGGAACUUUAAAAGAGAAACUGGCACUCAGUAUAUCUCCUGUCGAAGAGCACGAGCAAAUUCGGACGAGCAAAUUGGCCAGCCGAUUUAAAGCCAAACACUGGCUAUUUGUUUAAAGUAAGCUUGAAUCUUACAUUGUAACGAAUUUGAGCAGAAAUAACGCCAAUAUACCGAAAAAGAGUUCGUGUAUAGAACUAAACUAUAGACAAAAAAUUAGGUAGCUAUCUCAUAAAAAACUGCUACAGCCUUUAGCAGUUUUUAUAGUCUAGAUCUAGAUAUUAGAUUGUGUUGUAGAUAUGUAUUUAUGUAGAUUUUUGUAGAUAUCUCAUUUAUGUAAAGAAAUUUACUGAUAUAAGAUACUGACGUAGACAUGUAAUUGAUGUAAUUUGUGAUACUUUUGAAAUCAUCCAGUGAAGUAACUGAGAUGAAAUUAGAUUCAUACAUCACGAGUUAAAUCUGGAAUAGAGGUAGUCGUAUCAGAAAUACUUCUUGUGCUCUGCAAACAUUUAUUCUCGAUAAUAUUGUACUAAUACUAUUGGAAAAAAAUAAAAAAUUCAGGAUUGCAGCUCAUAGACUAAUAUAGAUUUCUUGCAGAUUUUAGCCAAUAUUGCAAUGAAAAUUUAACUAGUCGUUAAUAAAUAUGUGAAGUCCUUUGAAAUAUAUUAAAGAUGUCUGAAUUCGAUUAUUUGUUACAAAAUAUUUUAGAAACGUAUAUUUUAUAUAUACAUGAGUAUCAGCUUUAAAUUUAAAAGUAUUUCAACAUAGGUGUAAUUUUACACGAUAAUAGGUUUUGAUUAUUCUAACUAAAGAUGCUGCAUGCUGUACAAUAUCUUGUAUUAUUGAAGCCGUGCAUAUACGAGUAUGUUUAACAAGUAUAUAUAGCUAAUACGUAUGCAAUUGUAUCGAAUCUGUUUGGAAUCGAAGAGAAUUUUACAAAGUGUUAAGAGUAAUAAAUUUAUUAGAUAAUCAUUACAGGGGACCUGUAGUAUAACAAUAUGAUUGUGAUAUUUUGAAUAUUAUGUAGGUAGUUAAAUAAGUUCAAACUUCUAAUACUGCUGUAUAGGUAUAUUAUGUAUAACAAUUUAUCAAUCAUUAACAAUGAAGUGGCAGAUAUGCGCUAGCUUUGACUAAAUUUGCAACGAUUGAUUCUUGAUUGAAUAUCAAUACGUAUUUAAGUGGGCGAUUUUUGGGAGAAGACUUGAUAGAAACGUUUUCAAAAGUAAUCAAAGUAAGUAUUUGGCACGCCACUGACUGCUUUUAAUAUAAAAAAUUGGAAUCUGUAUAUGAGCAGAUCUCUUGAGUUUUUUUAGUCAGACGCACGGUUUUCACGUAAAAAAAUAAAAUAUAUUUCACUGCAAUGUCAUAUUAGCGAUAGGGUGUUUCAAAUUCGACACUCGACAUUGAGAUCUGGGAAACGGUAAGAAAUACCAAGUCGCUUAAAUAGGGGCAAGGCGUUUUUAGGUGACUAACAAAAUGCCUCUUAGAAAAUUCCGAAAUUCAAAGUACUUCCGGAGAGAGACGGAAAAACUGAAUUUUCCGAAAAUCGUUUUGAUUUUUUCCUGACUAUUUAUAGUGUGAUUUCAGAAUAAAU